AUGAAUAUAUUGACAAUCAAGAGAAAAGUGAUCAGAUCAGCCGGUUUUCUUAGAGCAUCGAGGUCUUUGAGCGUUUGCAUCACUGGUAUUGGCAAUCCUGAACCUCAGUUCGCUUUCAGCCGCCAUAAUGCUGGUCUUUUGAUGCUUGACCUGUUGAAAAGCCAAUUAUUGUCAUCAGAUAAACCUUAUUUACCAUGCAACGCGAAUCGAAAGGUCCAACGAUGCCAAUUGGGAGAAGUCAUGCUGUUGCGUGUGGACGGCGACUAUAUCAACUUAAGCGGGAAAAGUGUGGUUCCCUUGUGGAACAAACUCGGAACUGGUAUUCAACACAUAGUGGUUCAUGAUGAGCUGAGUCUUGCUGUAGGUAAGGUCCAACUACGAAAGCCUGGAACUAGUGUACGGGGCCAUAACGGUUUGAAGGACAUCACCAAGCAUUUCGGUGGAGAUUUCUACCGACUCGCGGUCGGAAUUGGUAGACCAGAACAGAGAGAUCCAGAUGUGGUUGCGAAAUACGUGCUUUCGAAGUUUCCUCGCAAUGAGAUUGGCGUUAUCGAAACAGAAAGUGUGCAUAGUGCUAUGCACCACUUGAAGAAGCUACUGAAAAACGAUAUCACAAUACCUAAAAGGCCGUAA